UGCUUCGUGAUUUCGCAACUUUGGUUUAUCUUUGGCAACCUCCCUCCUUGCUCAUAUCUUUCCGUGGUUUCCGUUCGGAUUUGUUCUUUCAUUUGGAUGGUCCAGGAAUUAUAAUUCAAGAUGCAAAUUUUCGUGAAGACCCUUACUGGGAAGACCAUUACUUUGGAGGUAGAAGCUUCAGACACAAUUGAAAAUGUGAAGGCGAAGAUUCAAGAUAAGGAAGGUAUUCCUCCAGAUCAGCAGAGAUUGAUAUUUGCUGGCAAACAGUUGGAAGAUGGGAGGACACUCUCAGAUUACAACAUUCAAAAGGAAUCCACUUUGCACUUGGUGCUUCGUCUCCGUGGAGGUGUAAUUGAGCCUACACUCCGUAUUUUGGCUCAGAAGUACAAUUGCGACAAAAUGAUUUGCCGAAAGUGCUAUGCCCGGCUACAUCCAAGAGCUACUAACUGCCGCAAGAAGAAAUGUGGACAUACCAACAACAUUCGCCCCAAGAAGAAGAUCAGGAACUAAUCUCAACAUGCUACAUGUAAUUGCUAUGUCUUGAACAGACCACUUGCAAAAUUUGCAGCUCAUGUAUAAGAAAUCAAUGAAUAAAACUUUCUUCCACUUUUCUCA